CCAUCGACCACACACAUCUUUUCUCAUUCCAGUGAUGAUGGUCACCACACGAGGCUCACUUGAUAGGCUGCCACCAAUCCUUGAUCUCGUCGAAAGAUGCCUCGUCCGAGCGCCAGUCGUCGCCGUUGGCCGGCUUGGCUGGGCGUUCUCCGCGCCCAGCCAAGGUGACGGGAGCAUCAAGGUCGAACUUAUGAUGUGCCAUCUUGCCUUGCUGAGUUGUUAUAUAACAUGGCGGCGUCUCCUCAUGCUAACACCUGUCUGUCAUACAACUAACCAACACUAUUCCCAAAUACCCAAAGUAUCCCUUUUCUGAGGGUAUCAAUCACAUAUCCAACGCAUCUUACUCCUUCCUGUUUGCAAAGUCAUCUUGUUGGCAUCGCACUACUUCAUCAAACAUUUCAAUAUAUCACGCAGCUAUCACGCCACGAAAGGUCUAAAAUAACUUAGGCCACCCACCUCUCAUUUCAGAGCACCCAAACCCCUCUUCUACUCACCUCCGCUCUCUCACCACUUCACCCCACAGCCGGCCAAUCCUUAACACCGCCAACAUGUCGUAUAGAGUCGCCGCCCCCGAUGAGUACCUCGCCAUCACGGGUAUGUCCGUGAAGACGGUCAAGAUCACAAAGGCAGCAUGGGUGUGGCCCUUCCAGCGGUGCAUGCGCUUCAGCGUCCAGCCCCACGACUAUGCCAUGAACCUGCAAGCCAUGACCAAGGAGAAGCUCCAGUUUCUCCUGCCCGUCGUCUUCACCGUUGGUCCGGAUGUGAACCAGCGCGGCGCCAACGCCACACAUCAGGCCGGCCACUCCAUCGCUCCAAGCCGCGACGACGACGAGGAUGACCAUGUCUCCUCCAACCGCCGCGAGGACCGCGGUGACUCGCUCAUGAAGUACGCCAUGUUGCUCGCCGACUCGGGCGAGAACAAGGGCGGCACCAUGGCCCACCUCGAGAACAUCGUCAAGGGCAUCAUCGAGGGUGAGGUUCGUGUCCUCGUCUCGAGCAUGACCAUGGAGGAGAUCUUCACCGAGCGCGAGGUGUUCAAGCGCCGCAUCUUCAAGAACAUCCAGUCCGAGCUCGACCAGUUUGGCCUCAAGAUCUACAACGCAAACGUCAAGGAGCUCAAGGACGCACCCAACUCCAACUACUUCGAGUCCCUGUCCCGCAAGGCCCACGAGGGCGCCAGCAACCAGGCCAGGAUCGACGUCGCCGAGGCCCAGCUGCGCGGAAACGUCGGCGAGUCCAAGCGCAAGGGAGAGCAGGAGCGGGAGAUCGCAAAGAUCUACGCCGAAACGGCCGUCCAGAAGACGGAGCGCGACAUCGAGCGCGCCACCGCCGAGGCCAACCUCGACACCCGCCAGGCCUCCCUCAGCAGAGACGUCGAGAUCGCCCGCGUCGAGGCCCGCCGCGCCCUCGAGUCCAAGGACGAGGACCUCAAGCGCCAGGUCGAGCUCAAGCGCGCCGCCGCCGAGAUCGAGCGCCUGCGUGCCACCGACGUCGUCAAGGCCACCAUCGAACGCGAGGCCCGCCAGCAAAAGGCCGACGCCGAAGCCUACGCCAUUGAGGCCGAUGCCAAGGCCAACUUCGAGAAGAGCCAGCGCGAGACAGAGGCAACGGCCUACAAAACCCAGAAAGACGCCGACGCCCUUACCGCCGCCGAGUUCAACCGCACCACCAAGACAGCAGAUGCCAACGCCUACAAGUCCCGCCAGGACGCCGAGGCCCACCAGUACUCGGCCCAGCUGACCGCCGAGGCUGAGCUCGCCCUGGCGCUUAAGAAGGCCGAGGGCGUCGCCGCGAUGGCCGAGGCUUACGGCAAGAUGGCUGGCGCUUUCGGCGGCCCCUCGGGCCUGCUGCAGUACCUCAUGAUCGAGAACGGCACCUACGUCGAGCUCGCCAAGGCCAAUGCCGGCGCCAUCCAAGGUCUGCAGCCCAAGAUCAGCGUCUGGAACACGGGCAGCCAGGGCGGCGAGGGCGCCGGCGCCGGCGGGAACUCGGGGGCCGACACCAUGCGCAACAUCUACCAGAUGCUGCCGCCCCUAAUGACCACCAUCAACGAGCAGACGGGCAUCACGCUCCCCGAGUGGCAGUUCGGCAAGCUCAACGCCGGUAUGGAGGCGAUGCAAGGCGGCAAGGCGCAGGUCAACGGCAACCACUAACAAGUGCGCGCUUUGCUUGAAAGAUGCUCACUCUCUCUUAGAACAUUUUGGGAUAUAGCGGCGUUGAUGGCUUUUGUUGCUUGAUUCAUGAGUUUGAUGAUACCACAGCAGGAUGGCCACAGUCGAUACCAUAGAUCUCCUUUGUCUGUACUACUAGUCACUAGUUUGAUAUUGUUACCAUAGGAUUAACUGCAAC